AUGGACAGUCGAGCUAGCCAGCUCCACCAAGGCCAAGGAGCCACACACUUUCAAGAUGAAGAAGAGGAGGAAGAGGAGCCGCAAGCUCGAUCGAGUGAGCCAGGAACCCAGUCGAGUGGAGUGCUCCUGAUGGCCGUCUCCCAUCUCCAGACCACGACCUUGCCUCCCAGUUCUUUGGGGGGCACUGAGGCUAAGUUUGGGGGUGCCAACUCGAGCUCGAUCGAGUUGGGUGUAAAAACCAGAAAAGUGGUCUUUUGGAGCAUUCUGGAGCAUAUGGGACAAGGAGCAUGGAGGGACUUGGCACAUGGAGCAGCUCAACUGGAUACGCAAAGGAAGAAGGGAGAAGCCAUCUUGAAGACCAGCUCGACCGUCUACUCGACCAACCGGUCGAGUUCCUCAACUCGACCGGCCAAGCUUCAACUCGAUCGAGCUGAGAAGUCAAAGUCAAACCCGAAAAAUGUUGCUUCCCCCUUGACUUUCCUUUGA